GCCUCCGUGAGGGACUAGUUUUGGGAAAAGGUAGUGCUUGGUGCCGCUCACUUGGGGACCUUGACAAACUGGAGCUUUCCGCGACCACCCGAUUGAAGGAGACGUGUACUGAUAGGUGGACUGCUUUAGUGAUCGGCCCUCCGUUCUCAUUCCCAAGAAGGAGCGGAGCCCUGAGCACUGAGCAGGAUGAGCAACAUCUACAUCCAGGAGCCUCCCACCAACGGGAAGGUUUUACUGAAAACUACAGCUGGAGAUAUUGACAUAGAGUUGUGGUCAAAAGAAGCUCCCAAAGCUUGCAGAAAUUUCAUUCAGCUUUGUUUGGAAGCGUAUUAUGACAACACCAUUUUUCAUAGAGUUGUACCUGGUUUCAUAGUCCAAGGGGGAGAUCCUACUGGCACAGGGACUGGUGGAGAGUCUAUCUAUGGAGCCCCAUUCAAGGAUGAAUUCCACUCACGGUUACGUUUUAAUCGAAGAGGGCUGGUGGCCAUGGCAAAUGCUGGUCCUCAUGAUAAUGGCAGCCAAUUUUUCUUUACACUGGGUCGAGCAGAUGAACUUAACAAUAAGCAUACCAUAUUUGGAAAGGUUACAGGGGAUACAGUAUAUAACAUGCUGCGGCUAACAGAAGUAGACGUUGAUGAGGAAGAAAGACCACGCAAUCCACAUAAAAUAAGAAGUUGUGAGGUUUUGUUUAAUCCUUUCGAUGACAUCAUUCCCAGAGAAAUAAAAAAGCCAAAAAAAGAGAAACCAGAGGAAGAAGUAAAGAAAUUGAAGCCCAAAGGCACAAAAAAUUUUAGUUUACUUUCAUUUGGAGAGGAAGCUGAAGAAGAAGAGGAGGAAGUAAAUCGAGUUAGUCAGCAUUUUGUUCAGUUCACAACACAUUUAAGAAGGAUACUGACCAACCCAGCAUAUUCAGAAGAAGGGAGGAUCUUGAGGAGGAUGGGGAUGAAAGCAAAAGCCAUUGCACAUGGAGAAUGCUUGACGAGCUGGAUAUACUUUGAAGAAAGCAUGAAGGGAAAAAGCAAAAGUAGUCAUGACUUGCUUAAGGAUGAUCCCCAUCUCAGUUCUGUGCCAGCUGUUGGAAGUGAAAAAGGCGAUACAGCAGGAGAUUCAACUAAUGAUGGAGAAUAUGAAGGUGCAGAGCAUGAUGAAUAUAUUGAUGAUGAUGAGAAGAACUUGAUGAGAGAAAGGAUUGCAAAAAAGUUAAAAAAGGACGCAAGUGCAAAUGUGAAGUCGGCUGGAGAGGGAGAGGUGAAGAAAUCAGUUAGCCGCAGUGAUGAGCUCCGAAAAGAAGCAAGACAGUUAAAGCGGGAACUCUUAGCAGCAAAACAAAAAAAAGGAGAAAAUGCAGCAAAACAAGCAGAAAAAAAAAGUGAAGAAGAAGAAACUGCUUCUGAUGGUGCUAUUGCAGAAUACAGAAGAGAAAAGCAAAAGUAUGAAGCUCUGAGGAAGCAACAGGCAAAGAAGGGAACUUCCCGGGAAGAUCAGACCCUGGCGCUGCUGAACCAGUUUAAAUCUAAACUCACUCAAGCAAUUGCUGAAACUCCUGAAAACGACAUUUCUGAAGCAGAAGUAGAAGAUGAUGAAGGAUGGAUGUCACAUGUACUUCAGUUUGAGGAUAAAAGCAGAAAAGUGAAAGAUGCAAGCAUGCAAGACUCAGACACAUUUGAAAUCUAUGAUCCUCGGAAUCCAGUGACUAAGAGAAGACGAGAAGAAAGCAAAAAGCUGAUGAGAGAGAAAAAAGAAAGAAGAUAAAGUUACAGUCAUAACUAGCUAGAAAUGUGCCUGCGAUAAAUGGCCUUCUAACAGCCAUUGUUCCCAACAGCAUCACUUAAGGGUGUGAAAAGAAUUAUUUUUGAACCUGUUGUCUGGUUUUGAAAAAAAACUAUCUUGUUAUAUGUAAAUUGUGGAAUGAUGUAGGCAAAUGCUUUUGGUUCAUGGUUUUUCCCUAAUUGACCUUUUCUAUUGCUAAAUCUGAAAAAGAACUUUCCUGCCAGUUUACAUGUGUUAACCAUUUGUAGACUGUGUCACCUGUUUAUGUCUUUUUAUUCUAAAAUAUGUGAAGCCUUUGUUUUCAAGACUUUUUAUAAGAAGUUUCUCGCCAGAAAGAAUAUUUAAGGGAAACCUCCCUGACAUUCUGUUACCACAGUACUAAAUUUGGAAUAUAAUAAUAAUAAAGAAACAUUAUAUAAAUUGA